CCCAUCUAUUUGAAUGGAAGGAAGACAGUCACGGCCUCAUAUGACACCCACUUUUUGAAUGUAGCUUACAUAAAAUAUGAAAGUUAUGAAGAAUAUAAGGAAGCGCAUUUUGGAUCCACCAGUUGUACCAAGGAAUUUAAAUUUAAAUUUAAUACAAUACAUUCUACAAUAUAAGGAAUGCAUUGUUGUAGUGGCUGAAUGGUUGUAGUGGCUUUCAGUUUCAUACAAAGAUUACAUACAAAGAUGCUUGAUUGUAAUCAUAUCCAAGAGUUUGAUUUAUAAUGCUGUAUUUGUUAUUCACUUUUGACAAAACUUUCAACCUUUCUAAUAUUUUUGCCCUUUUUUCCAGCUUCUCUUCCUUGAAAUCAUAAAAUGCAAACAUGUUUAAAAUGAUCUGUGGAGUGGAGAUCAUUUUUCUUAUUGCUGCUAUUUUCUCCCUGAAUUUCGAGCUCUGUUUUUGCUCAUGUGCCCGAGCUGAGUAUGAGAUAGAUGGACAAUGCUGUCCCAUGUGUACACCUGGAUAUCGUGUUUAUAAGCACUGUACUGUGGAAACAAGCACUACAUGUGUUUCAUGUCAUGAUUCGACUUUCAUUGAUGCACCAAAUGGACUAAUAGACUGCUUUAGCUGUACAGUGUGUGAUUCUGGUCAGGGUUUAAGAGUAAAGAUUCCCUGCACUCAAUCAUCAGAUACAGUCUGUGAGCCACUAGAUGAAUGUUACUGUAUUGAGCAACACAGAGGCGGCUGUAUACAAGCUGUGAAGCACACAAAGUGCAGCACUGGACAAUAUAUAAAGCAUAAAGGAACAACAUUUAAAGAUACUGAAUGUGCUGAAUGUGCAGAUGGUACCUUCUCAGAUGGUUCUUUUCAGACGUGCCAACCACAUUCUAAAUGUGAAGAUCUGGGACUUAAAGAAAUAAAGGCAGGAACACAUUCUUCUGAUGCUGAAUGUGGAAAUAAAACUCCAGUUGCUCUGAUAGCUGGAAUAUUAGUUUCUGUUAUAAUACCUGUGGCUGUGGCUGUGGCAGUAAUUGUAAUCAUGUUAAGGUGUGGCAGACUGACAUGCAGACAUCCUCAUUCAAGCAAAAAAGAUGACCUUAAAUGAGUCCCCAGCUGUGGCCUUGCUGGGAAUCAAUCUCAGGAGCAGGUGAAGACUUUUAUGGCAGACAAAGACUCCCAUGCUGAACAAUGUGGUCUAAACCCUGCUUCAUGUGGGGACAAUAUUGCAGGACAAUCUCUGCUGAACAAGUAGAAAAGACUUAUGAUUAUAAUCCUGAACAAGGACAAAACUCUUCCAGCCCUGCAGUGACUAAUUGUACACACUAGGUUACUGGGAUCUGUAUCUUAUUUUGUGACCACAAUAAUCUGAAAGUUUACACUAAAGUUGACACUGCCAGUGCAUGCAAUAGGUCAGGUCAUUACAUUUUCUAAUAAAUCCAUUAUGCUUUUAUGCCAAAAAGGUGGUGCCUCAUGAAAUAACAAUUAUUAUUCUAACUAAAUGUGUAAAAUGUAAAAUAUGUAUCAUAAGAUACUGUUAUUCUUUUUGAGACAUCUGUAACUAAUCUAUGUAAUAACACUACAAAUUACUAGACACAAGGACGUUUACCUUUAUUAACAUUCAGUUUCAGAGUGGUACAGAGUCAAAGCUGUCUCUGAGGUUUAAUAGAGGAUUCAUCUGAUAGUUCAGCUAUCUAAGUACAAAGACUUUUGCUAUAAUAGCUCUAAUGAAACACAAAUCCCAUUCCACAAAACAUUAGAAAAACAUGACAAAGAAAUAACUAUUGCAUUUUACAGUGGUCUACGAUGAGUACAUGUAAAGUAAAACACUUCAGUUUAAAGCCACUGUUGCUCAUGUCAGCCAGAAGACAAAGUUUUUUUGCUGAUAGUGAAUAAAUAUUAAAUGUUGAUUUAUGUGACAUCAUUUUCAUUGUGCUGGAGUUAAAGCUCCUUCUCUGCCUGAUCGGUGAUCUGUGUGUCGCAUCUGAGGCUGCAUGGUGACUGUAACGAUAGUUACCAUGGCAAUUCAAAUAUGAGUUCUGAUGCCACACCUAUUGCUGAAGUCACACUCACUGUUAACAGGUGUAUAAAAUCAAGCACAUAGCCAUGCAACCUCCAAAGACAAACAUUGGCAGUAGAAUAGAUCAGACUGAAGGGCUCUGUGACUUUUAACAUGGCACUGUCAUAGGACUCCAAUUUUGCCACAAGUCACCUCAUGCAUCCCUCACCAAAGAGUUCCAAACUGCCUCUAGAACCAACUUCAACUGAAGAACUGUGCUUUAGGAGCUUCAUGAAGAGGGUUUCCAUGGCCAUGCAACUGCACACUUCAGACAUUUUGUUCAAUGUCAGCUUUCAUUACUGGCCAAAAAACAGCAGCUCUGGCCACUCGCUUGCACUUACUUGUUUUUUGGUGCCCUUUAUGUGUUUUAUUAGGAUGUCUUGUUUCACAUUCCUAUUAGGCCUGAGCAAAACGCAAUAUAACGCACUCAAUUCAGCUCACAUGUAGUAAGAUUGCCCUUACAACUGAACCUUUGCACCAACUAUUGUUCAUGUAUUUGAUAACCUGUUUUAGGACUUUUGCAGUUUCAGUUGCAAACAGUUUGGAUUUCAUAUCCGUCACUUGAAGAGUUUCACCAACCAGGUUCUCAUCUGUCUCUGGGGAAUUCCCAUUGCACUGUUCCUCUUGUACUGCUGAUCUAGACCAAGGGUCUUUUAUUAAAAUUCAAUAAGGUCCAGUUAGAGAAAAUAUCCUUAAGAAAAGGUUAGGAACAUCAUAAUCUCUAACUUGCAUCAUGAUUCAGUGCCAUAUACUGUUUAUUGAAGUAGCCAAGCAGGUAUAUCAACUUCUUAGCUAAGCAUGGCGUGGAACCAGUUCACUCGCAUGGCAUUUUUUGACUACUCCCUCCAAAGUUUCAUUUGGGACACAACCAUGUGACUGCUUUGGAAAUCAGAAGAAGCUAACUAGUAUGCAUUUCUAUAGUUUUGGGCCAACACCAAACAUUUACAUCAUUAUUUAUAUUUCAUACAUGAAGCUCUCACUGUGAAUAGAAAGAAUAUGUAAAAGACUACAGUAAUGUUAUAUACUAAGAAGACUUUGCAGCAUCAUGUUUAUGUCACUAAUUACCUUUAUUGUUUUGAAACAAAUUACAUGCAAGACAAAGAUUUGGACCAACCACUAGGUGUUAUUACUGUGCACUGGAAAAGCUUCACUGCUGCAGAAAUCUUCAUUUUGAUAUCACUAAUAACACAAUCCUAACACAUAAACUGCAGUCUCUAGGAAACAAAGUUAGUGUUGAUUGUUGUCGUGUUAUAUGUAAGUGUUCUUUGGGAUUAUUUGUGUUGGGAAGUGAAACUGAUGUGUAGGGAUCUUUUGGGGUUUGGUCACAGUCAAGGUAAAACAUGUACCUAAUGGUGACGUCUCGCAUUGUUUCAGUUCUGAGUAUGUUCUGGUUUCUGCCGGUGCAUUCAGUAAAGAGUAUUUUUUGGAUCAGGA